UAUGUUCUUGAUGCAGUAACAAUAGCAUUUCUCUCCCGAAAAUAUUUGUGGUUAGCUAGCUAACUUAGCGAUCAGGAAAAGGCUAACUAACGUUAGAAUAUUUCCAAGUUGGCAAGCCAGCUAGCUUGCUAAAUGUUAAAUACGCUAUGAUAUAGACACAGACAUUUCACUGGAUGUUUAAAUGUCAAGCAUCUGGUUGUCGUUUCCACUCUUUAUCAAAUAUGGCAGUGAGAGAAGAUAGAAUGAGAUGGACGUCUCAUCAAUUAAACAUUUGAUCUCAAUACCGUUUGUUCCCAAAACUAGAAUCUGAAUCUCGAUGCUUGGCUCUGCCCACCCCUUUGCUUGGCUCUGCCCACCUCCUUGUUUUGCUCUGCCCACUGCCCACCCCUUUGCUUGGCUCUGCCCUUCCCUUUGCUUGGCUCUGCCCUUCCCUUUGCUUGGCUCUGCCCACCUCCUUGCUUGGCUCUGCCCACCACCUUGCUUGGCUCUGCCUACUUCCUUGCUUGUUCCCAUUGGACACGACAAGCUUUGGUCUCUUGGUUUAGUUAUAAAAUCUUUGAUUUGAACUUAGACAGUUUGUUGUCCUAAAACCCGGACAUUAUUUACCUCUGGUUCGUUCAGCCAUCCCUAUGGGGAAAGAAUAUACCUUAUUUUCAGCGUGAAUUCGUUAAAAAGUGACGUUAGCUGAUGAAGAUAAUCUCAUAGAACAAAACGUACAAGAUCCUCCUAAACCUGCAUUUACAACAGACCUUGUUUUCGGUGUUUAUCCAAAAACCCUACAAAAACGCCAUUUCACCAUAGGCUUUGUCCAACGAACCAUAGCGGAGUUAGUAGUGCCUACAAAAAUACGCUAUUACUAUCUCUAUAGCUGAUAUCUUUUUACUAGUCUUUAAAAUUGAUUGCAGACUGCUAAAUAAAUAUAUAAAUUAGUUAGCUAGUAAGUGUCAGUCAUUUCCUAGCUUAGUUUGAGGUUUUGUCUAGCUUGUCUAGUUAGCUAGUUAAAGUUAAAUCUCAUCUGCAUCAAAAGUAGCCAGCAGAUCUGACCCGCUUGCCUACAGCUGCACUAGGGUCGGAUAGCCUUCAUGUGUAGAUUAAGACACAGCAGAGCCAGCGCAAGAUAUGGUUCAGAAAAUGUAAAUGGAGGGAUGAGAAAUGCAUUGUACUCCGAAUUGUCCCAUUAUCCCAGUUACACCGAGAAGAUUGCACUACUGCUAGUUUUUUUGCAGUUGUUCAGUAUUCUCUAUGUAACAGUUGACAAUUUGGAGUACACUGCAUUUUCAUCCCUCAAUUGAGGUAGGUUUUCCGAGUUAUAUCAAUCAAAUUUAUUUAUAAAGCCCUUCUUAGAUCAGCUGAUGUCACAAAGUGCUGUACGGAAACUCAGCCUAAAACCCCAAACAGCAAGCAAUGCAGGUGUAGAAGCACGGUGGCUGGGAAAAACUCCCUUGAAAGGCCAGAACCUAGGAAGAAACCUAGAGAGGAACCAGGCUGUGAGGGGUGGUCAGUCCUCUUCUGGCUGUGCCGGGUGGAGAUUAUAACAGAACAUGGCCAAGAUGUUCAAAUGUUCAUAGAUGACCAGCAGGGUCAAAUAAUACUAAUCACAGGGGUUGUAGAGGGUGCAACAGGUCAGCACCUCAGGAGUAAAUAUCAGUUGGCUAUUCAGAGUAUCUCUACCGUUCCUGCUGUCUCUAGAGAGUUGAAACAGCAGGUCUGGGACAAGGUAGCACGCCCGGUGAACAGGUCAGGGUUCCAUAGCUGCAGGCAGAAAAGUUGAAAUUGGAGCAGCAGCACGUCCACGUGGACUGGGGCAGCAAGGAGUCAUCAGGCCAGGUAGUCCUGAGGCAUGGUCCUAGGGCUCAGGUCUUCUGAAAGAGAGAAAUAGAGAGAGCAUACUUAAAUUCACACAGGACACAGGAUAAGACAGGAGAAAUACUCCAGAUAUAACAGACUGACCCUAGCCCCCCAACACAAACUAUUGCGGCAUAAAUACUGGAGACAGCUCUGCAGUAUCUUAAUCUAAACAGAAAGGCUGUCUGACCCUAGUGCAGCUGUAAGCAAGCUGGUUGAAUCUGCUGGCUACAUCAACAUUAACUAGUGGUAGUACAGUAUCAGCCUGCUAGCUGGUAGUCUAUCUGCCAGGAGUCCCGGACCAAGCCAUUUUUAUGUGUGUUGCAGUGGUUGUGACUUAUGCGGGCUAGCAUCCCUCCCUAUCAAUGAAUUGUAACUUAUCCUUCCCUUGUUUUUCUAUUCACAAAGGUUGGCAAAAAGUUGUGGGACCAAAAUUUGUUUUCUGUGCAUGGAUGGAAAGCCAAUGCGCAGGUUUUCCUGACAUGACCCUCCAGCAUGACAAUACCACCACGCACAGAACGAGCAGUAUGACUGAUUUCCUGCAAGACAGGAAUGCCAGUGUUCUGCCAUGGCCAGCGAAGAGAUCUUGAGGGCUAGGGCCAGCUGAAGAGACCUUGGAUUGCUAGCUGAAGAGACACAUGGAUUGCACCCUAGACCACCAGUAAGUCAUAGCCUAGUUGAAAGGAGAUGUCUAUUUUGGUACUUGGUUCUUUCACAUCUAGACCUCAACUUUCCGUAGUUAAGACAGACAUUUGCUGAUGUCUUUUUAGCUUAAGGAAUUAUUACAUCAACUUUGAUACUGGCUCCCACCAAUACCAAUGUUGACAUGACCAAUUAUUAACUUUGAUUGGAUUUUUGUGGUGGCUGUUUUUUGUGAUAAAUCAAUGUUAUUGUGGAUGUUUAUCCCUAUUCUGUCUGGCCUUUAGUGUCUGUUCUGCAGGGGUACCAGCGCACGCCCAGACAACACCGGAAUGGACAUCACCGCACGCUGCACACUGGGUGAUCCCAACAAGCUCCCAGAGGGUGUGCCCCAGCCGGCACGCAUGCCCUAUGUGUCUGACAAGCACCCUCGCCAGACAUUAGAGGUCAUCAAUCUGCUACGCAAGCACAGAGAACUGUGUGAUGUCGUGUUGGUGGUCGGCGCCAAAAAGAUCUAUGCCCACAGAGUGAUCCUUUCGGCCUGCAGCCCUUACUUCAGGGCCAUGUUCACAGGCGAGCUGGCCGAGAGCCGUCAGACAGAGGUUGUGAUCCGGGACAUUGAUGAGCGGGCCAUGGAGCUGCUCAUUGACUUUGCCUACACUUCGCAGGUUACCGUUGAGGAAGGCAAUGUGCAGACAUUGCUGCCCGCCGCUUGUCUGUUACAGCUGGCCGAGAUUCAGGAGGCUUGCUGCGAGUUCCUCAAGCGCCAGUUGGACCCCUCAAAUUGCCUGGGUAUCCGUGCCUUUGCUGACACCCACUCUUGCCGCGAGCUGCUGCGGAUAGCUGACAAGUUUACACAGCACAACUUUCAAGAGGUGAUGGAGAGUGAGGAGUUCAUGCUGCUUCCAGCCAACCAGCUGAUAGAUAUAAUCUCCAGUGACGAACUGAAUGUGCGAAGUGAGGAGCAGGUUUUCAACGCAGUCAUGGCCUGGGUCAAGUACAGCAUUCAGGAGCGCCGGCCACAGCUGCCGCAGGUCCUCCAGCAUGUUCGUCUUCCUCUUCUGAGCCCAAAAUUCCUGGUGGGAACGGUAGGAUCAGACCCCCUCAUCAAAAGUGAUGAGGAGUGCAGAGACCUGGUUGAUGAGGCAAAGAAUUACCUGCUCUUGCCCCAAGAGCGCCCUCUAAUGCAAGGGCCAAGAACACGCCCUCGGAAGCCCAUCCGGUGUGGGGAAGUGCUGUUUGCAGUUGGCGGGUGGUGCAGUGGGGAUGCCAUCUCCAGUGUCGAACGAUACGACCCACAGACCAAUGAGUGGCGCAUGGUGGCUUCCAUGAGUAAGAGGCGCUGUGGAGUGGGUGUCAGCGUCCUUGACGAUCUUCUCUAUGCUGUUGGCGGCCAUGACGGGUCCUCAUAUCUCAACAGUGUGGAGAGGUAUGACCCCAAGACAAAUCAGUGGAGUAGUGAUGUAGCUCCCACAAGCACAUGCAGGACCAGUGUGGGUGUGGCUGUCCUGGGAGGGUAUCUGUAUGCAGUAGGGGGCCAAGAUGGAGUAUCCUGCCUCAACAUUGUUGAAAGAUAUGACCCCAAGGAGAACAAAUGGACGCGCGUGGCCUCGAUGAGCACCAGGCGCCUGGGUGUAGCCGUGGCUGUACUGGGGGGCUUCCUCUAUGCAGUGGGAGGUUCAGAUGGCACGUCCCCUCUCAAUACAGUAGAAAGGUACAACCCCCAGGAGAACCGCUGGCACACCGUCUCUCCCAUGGGCACCAGGAGAAAACACCUGGGCUGUGCAGUGUACCAGGACAUGAUCUACUCCGUAGGAGGCCGGGACGACACCACCGAGCUGAGCAGUGCUGAGCGCUACAACCCCAGGACCAACCAGUGGUCAGCUGUUGUAGCCAUGACUUCAAGACGUAGUGGGGUUGGACUAGCAGUGGUAAAUGGCCAGUUAAUGGCUGUGGGUGGCUUUGACGGGACAACGUAUCUCAAAACAAUAGAGGUCUAUGAUCCUGACGCUAACACAUGGAGGCUCUAUGGUGGAAUGAACUAUAGGCGACUUGGAGGAGGGGUUGGUGUUAUCAAAAUGACUCACUGUGAAUCACACAUAUGGUAGCACCUCCAGGUCAAAGGCCUCACCGUCGCAUGUGCCUCCGAAAGAAACAUUGUUUAUCAUGCAAGGAACGAAGUCUAUAUUAACUGUAACACAGCCAUGUUAUUGGCAAGCCAAGGAAAUGUCUUGUGACUACAAGCUUUACUGUUCCUGUGUCAAGUCUGGAAGGCUUAUCUUGGAGCCUACGGUUCAUCUCUCUUCUGUACUUCCUGUAUUAUGACUUGACUGGCCAAGGCCAAGAGGAACUAACUCUGAAUAGAUCAAUCACAUGAACUAUUGUUUGACAUCAUGGGGGGAAAACCCUUCAUUUCCUCUUUUUCGGUUACUGAAAUGAAUACUGCAGCCGCACUUUAAGAUACAGUUCAGAUUUUUGCUGUGGUACCGGUUAUACUAUACCAAUGUUUAGUUUCCUUUGAAAUAUUAAAUGGGGCAUGAAGAAGAAUCUUCAAAGAGAACUGAAGGUGCAGGAUGUGGUCUCACUGCUUCCCUUGAUCCUCGUUGUGAAAAGUGGAUGAACUUGUUAGGCAGUUGUUUAAAUCUAUAAAUGAAAUGCACUGUGAUAAUUUCUUGUUGUUGCGGUUUUUAUUAGUUUGACACACUGAGCAUAACCUGGAGUUCUACGUUCACAACUGGGGUCAAUUGUUGGUACGGUGGCACUUACACAAUAUUACAACUGUUUCAUACAAGAUUGUUGCCCAUUUAAGGCUGACAAUGGAUAUACAUUUUUUUGGAGCAACUUUUUUUAACCUUUAUAGGACACAUUUGAGACAGUCUUGCACUUUAAUCGAGGAAUUAGUUGCAUUGCGGUUCAUCUAACACACAGUAAGGAAUAAUGAACUGGUUAAUGUAUUAUGCACCCCUUCAUUGGUGACCAUGCAAAACAGAUGGACAUUCAGUAAUAUGCUUAGACAUUUUUUUAAUUAUGUAAACCCUGAUGAAUCUAAUGUUACUGCUAUUGAGCAAAAUAUACAAUCAUGCAUUUUACAAUCAUGCAAACUCAACCCCUGUAGAUAUGUUAUCACCCAAAUGUGUCAGAUUAUGCAAGUAAUUAUUAGCCUGACCAAAUAUUUUGAAGAGUAAUGUAUCCCUUUGGCUGUGUUCAGAGCCCAAUUCUGAUUUUUUUUUCUUCUAAUUGGUCUUUUGACCAAUCACAUCAGAUAUGUUUAAGAGCUAACCAGUGGCUGCAUCUACACAGGCAGCCCAAUUGUUUUCCACAAAUUGGUCUAUUAACCAAUCAAGUCAACUGUGAAAAGCUCUGAUUGGUAAAAAUACCAAUAACUGGAAAAAAAUAUCAGAAUUGGACUGCCGUUGUAAACGCAGCCUUUCAAAAGUAUGGAACCGUUGAGGGCAAAUGUAUGGGUGCUUUAUUUCUCCCCUAUUAGAUGACGUGGAAUUGUCUGUACUGACAAAAUACCCCAUGCUGUUAAUAAAAACACUUUAUUUCAAA